AUGUUGACAAUAUCCGAUUGGGCCGAUAAGCAGAAUCACCCGGUGACUUCUGUAGGCUCCGACUUUACACCCAUCUUCGAAGACACUAUCUUGUCGCUGCUACCAUCGGCACUUUUCUUACUAAUCCUACCGUAUCGCAUCGCAUGCCUUCAUGGUCAGCAGCCCAAAGUCCUUCCUGGAGGCUUCCUACGCGAAAGCAAGUUCAUCUUCUUAGCCACAUUGGCUGCAACUCACCUCGCGCUGUUAAUAUUCCACAUCCUGAGCCCAUCACUACGCACGCCCGCCACUCUUCCCCAGUCCGCCGUAACAUUUGUUGCCAGUCUAGGCCUUUGUCUACUUUCGCGGCUGGAACAUGCUCGCUCUGUCCGCCCAUCCGCCAUCAUCAAUGGCUACAUCCUUCUGACUUUGGUGUUUGACACUGCCCGUGUGCGAAGCUUGUUUCGCGCUUCAGCCGCCAGUUCCCUUUCUGGAGUAUUCUCUAGCGUGAUCGCCGUGAAGGUAAUGGUUCUACUGGCAGAGGCAGUGGAAAAGCGACAGAUCCUCCUACCGCCGUACCGAGGCUUGUCGCCAGAGGAAACGAGUGGCAUUUACAGCCGAUCCUUCUUCUUCUGGCUGAACCAACUCAUGAUAUCGGGCUUUCACGGUGACCUUCGAAACGAAGAUUUGUAUCCCAUCGAUAAGGACAUGUCCUCACAAUUCCUUCAACAGCGCAUCAAAAAUGCGUGGAAUAUGGCGGCACAGAGCAAGCCGCGAGCCCUGCUCUGGGCAGUGCUACGUGCCAACCUGAAACCCUUUCUUUAUUGUGUUCUUCCCCGUUUGAUUCAGAUCGGGUUCAAAUAUACCCAGCCCCUCUUGUUAACCCGCACCGUCAGCUUUGCGAACGAUGAGCGCCAACCUGAAAGUAUUGGAUGGGGUCUAACGGGCGCUUUUUUCCUCGUACUCCUCGGGGUUGCUCUGUCGAAUGGCAUGUUCUACCACAUGACCUUUCGCUUCGUGGCCAGUGCUCGUGGGAGCUUGAUCAGUAUCAUCUAUGCUAAAACGCUGGAUCUGGACAUCACGGCUCUCGAUGAAUCAGUUGCAGUGACACUCAUGUCCAGUGACGUUGAAUCGAUUUGCAACGGGCUGCAGCUGCUUCAUGAUCUCUGGGCGGUACCCCUGGAACUGACUAUCGUGGUCUAUCUAUUAGCGCAGGAGAUCAAGAUGGCAGCGAUAGAGGCGAAGCUAUAUCGCCGGUUGCUCGUAUUACGUGUAUUCCUUGCAAAUAGUCUCAGGUUCCUCGCCCCACCGGUUACGUUAGCCAUCUGCGCGUUAGGAGCCAAAGAGGGACAGGGAUUGAAUCUGAACUCGACCUAUACGACGCUGACGUUGAUCUCGCUGGCUGCCUCACCCGUGAACGUUUUCAUUCGAGCUCUCCCUGCCAUGAAUACUGCCCUGGCCUCGCUUACCCGUAUUCAAGAAUACCUACGAUCAGAGAGCAGACGGGAUUCUCGCAUUUUCACGGAAGAUCCUCGAGCCUCUGUCCAGGAAUCUCAGGCAACCUCAGAGAGUAUAGAACUCGCAGAUAUGAGCCCCCCCAGACACCACAAUUCUGCGGAGGUAAUCGCUGCCCGCGAGGUGAGCUUUUCAUGGAACCAGUCAGCAUCUUUCUCGAUUCACAAUAUCAAUGUGAGUUUUCACGAAAACCAAUUCUACUUCAUAAUCGGACCGGUGGGCUGCGGGAAGAGCACGCUCGUGAAGGGUAUUCUCGGCGAAACGCCUUUAACAAAGGGAUUAUUGCUCGCAAGACAUCGAGAGACGGCAUUCGUCGAUCAGACGCCCUGGAUCUGCAAUAUGUCUUUCCGCGAUAACGUUGUGGGCGCCUCCCCAUACACCGAGACAUGGUAUCACCAGGUUGUCAGCGCAUGUGGACUGGACCAAGAUGUCGCUCAUCUUCCGCAUGGCCACGCGACUAAGGUUGGUUCAUCUGGUAUCUCCCUCUCUGGUGGACAGAAACAAAGGCUGGCCCUGGCUCGUGCAGUGUAUGCACGCAAGAGGAUUGUCAUCCUCGAUGAUGUUCUGUCAGGAAUUGACCUAGACACCCAAGACCAUAUUAUGAAGAACCUGUUUGCCAACCAGGGCCUCUUUCGUCGGCUGGGGACAACGGUAGUACUGGCUACGCAUUCUAUACACAAUCUCUCCUAUGCGGAUUAUGUCAUCGCCAUGCAAGGUGAUGGGUCUAUUGCGGAACAGGGUACACUAAGAAAUCUCGAGGCGAGUGGCGGCUACAUGAGUACAUUGCGAGCCCAAUAUAAGCAUCGAACAACUAAGGGCGCUAGUUCGCAAACACAUACGGCUGUCGACGAUGCACAAACCGGCCUGGAGCAAAGACAGCGGGCUGACACCACCAGCCAGGAGAGGACCAGGCAGAGUGGAGACUGGACUCUUUACCUGUGGUAUUUCGGCACCGUGCACUGGGCAUCCACGGCUCUAUGGAUGAGUUCCUUCAUAUUGGAAGGCGUACUUCCCAAGAUGAGCGAAUGGUUGGUCAAUGUCUGGAUGAGCGCAGUCGCGAGCCAGGGCAGCGCCGUCAACUCUUUCUACCUGGGUCUUUAUAGCAUGUCAUCGAUCAUCACGGCUGUGAGCCUUGUUGGUGGGUCGUACCACCUCCUUAUGUUCUUUGCGCCCCGCAGUGCUGAGAGGCUGCACGAGCGUCUCUUAAACUCGGUCAUGCAUGCGCCCCUUUCGUUUUUCACUUCGGUCGAUACUGGCACCACAGUGAAUCGGUUCAGUCAGGACAUGACGCUGGUUGAUCAUGACUUACCAUACGCCGUCCUAGAUUUUGUGUUCGCUCUCGCAGGGGGGCUUAUUUCCGCGGUCAUGAUCUGCAUCUCGACCCGGUACUUCGCAGCCGUGAUCCCGCCCCUGUGCCUGUUCCUGUGGAUGCUGCAGAAAUUCUACCUCCGCACCUCUCGGCAGAUGCGGCUGCUGGAUCUGGAAGCCAAAUCCCCGCUCUUCUCGCAAUUCCUCGAGACCCUGUCCGGCUUGGCGACCAUCCGUGCGUUCGGAUGGGCGUCUGCCUUCGAAGAACAGAGCCUCACCCUUCUCGACGGGUCCCAGCGACCCUUCUACCUGCUGUUCUGCAUCCAGCGAUGGCUGGAACUCGCACUGGACCUGUCCGUUGCGGUGCUCGGUGCGAUUCUCAUGGUGCUGGUGGUCAAGCUACGCGGAACGCUGGGCACCGGCUACGUCGGGCUUGCCAUACUGAACGUCAUCACCUUCAGCCAGUCGCUGUCGCAGAUCCUCCGCAACUGGGCGGACCUGGAAACCUCCAUCGGCGCGAUCGCCCGCAUUCGGGACUUUGUGGCCCACACGCCGUCCGAGGAUCAACCUGGCGAGACUGUGGGGCUGACCGAGCAGGUAGAAUGGUCCUCGUGGCCGUCCAGGGGAGCCAUCGAGUUCCAAAACGUAUGCGCAUCGUACACGGUCGGGAACGCAGCCAGCACCCCGGUGCUUCGGAAUUUAUCCCUGUCUGUGCAACCGGGGCAGAGGAUUGGCAUCUGCGGCCGCAGUGGGAGUGGCAAGAGCUCCCUUCUGGCGGCCCUCUUCCGGCUGCUGGAGCUCGACCCCUGUGGCCGCAUCUUGAUCGACGAUGUCGAUAUUGCGCGGAUCCCACGACAGAUGACCCGCGACGCGCUCAAUGCUAUCCCGCAGGACACAUUCUUCACAUACGGCACCAUUCGGGCCAAUCUGGAUCCGGGGAGCCGACAUAGCCAUGAGGAGGUGGAGCGGGCGGUUCGCCGUGUGGGGAUGUGGGCGGCGGUGCAGACGAAGGGUGGAAUCGAAAUUGCCCUGGACGCGAAGGCAUUCUCGCACGGCGAGCGGCAGCUGCUCUGUCUGGCGCGGGCACUGCUACGCAAGAGCAAAGUCGUGGUGCUGGACGAGGUGUCGAGUAAUGUGGAUGUCGAGGCGGAUGCGCGGAUGCAGCGGGUGAUCCGGGAGGACUUUGCGGGCUGCACGGUGCUCGCGGUCGCGCACCGGCUCGAGACGAUUCGGGAUUUCGAUCGCGUUGCAGUGAUGCACGAGGGCCAGCUGGUCGAGUUCGAUACGCCCGAGGCACUGCUCAGCACGGAUACUGCGUUUAGGCGGCUAUACCAGUCGUAG